UUAUAUCGUCUAUUAACUUGUACAGAAUAGAAUUCACCAAGAGCAGAGUAGCAGUGAAAAUGUUUAAAGAAUUGACUAUCAUUUCCUUGGUUGUUGUAUCAAUACAUGCGAAGACAAUGUGUAGACAAGAUUCAGAAUGUGCAUCAGAUGAAUGUUGUUACUAUCACGAAGGACCUAUGAUUGUCAGCAAGAGAGAUGUGUUGCCAUUUAAUUCCAUGCAUCAAGGUGGUUGGUGUGAGAAAUAUCUCGUUCAAGGAGCACGGUGUAGUCCAUUUUCCAAAGUGAACGGACACUGUAGCUGUGGAAGUGGUCUUAAAUGUACACGUUUUCCAUACACAACUACAUCAUCUGUCGUUAAAAGAGGGCUUCUUCCCGGAGACUACCUCUGCGCACCAACUCCUUAAGCAGAAAUAAAAAGAUAC